CAUGCCAGUGACGUCAGUGUAGGAAGUCAUUGUAGAGCAACACUAGAACGGUUACAAGCAAAAAAAGGAGCGUGGUGUCGAGGAGUUAGUUCUGCGUAUCUCUCCACACCUCAACUACGAAAGAAAGUUAAAAACAGAACAAAAGGACGUGGGAUAGACAGCACCAUUGCUUUACAGAUCCCAGAUUGAAUGCAACCGAACUGGGAGACUAUCAUCAUAGUGACUUAUUGUAAAAAACAAAACCAAAAAACAAAACAACAACUUUGUGUGGUGUUUUUAUCUAGUAUUAUUUUCUCCUUACACCUUUUCUGUUUUAGGCAGUUGAGAAGGACUUUGUGCACCUGUGUUUAUCGAUCUUCCUGUGCUACAGAUUUUGUUUCUGACAUUCAGCGGAGUCUUUUCAAUGUUUGUAAUGAAGACGAGAUCCUAAUCCUAUUCGUUUUCUCUUUUUUUUUUCAUUUUAUAUUACUAUGGAAGCGUCUAGCGGGUCGGAUUUUGGAAUAGACACUAUUUUAUCGAACAACAACACCAGUUCCAGCAGCCCCGUGCUAAUGAACGGAGAUUUUCGUCUCGGUGACUGCAGGACCGCGGAAUUUAGAACCCUGGCCACGCCGUCACCAUGUUCGGAGAUAGAUACGGUGGGGACAGCCCCUUCUUCCCCCAUUUCGGUCACCAUGGAGCAUCCCGAACAGCACCUGGUGCAAGACAGCAUUCAGCAUCACCGCCACCAUCAGAGUCAGCAGCAAAGUUUGCAGCUAUCGCCUCAGCCUGCACAGCAGAUAGGGGCAGCCGGCUCUGCCCCGAGGACAGCCACCUCUUCCUUUCUAAUCAAAGACAUUUUGGGCGACAGCAAACCACUGGCAGCUUGUGCACCUUACAGCACCAGCGUCUCCUCGCCCCAUCACACCCCGAAAGCAGACGGCACCACAGCAACAGAAAGCUUCAGGCCAAAACUAGAGCAGGGUGAAAGUAAAUGCAGGUUAGACAAACGAGACGACACCCAGAGCGACAUGAAAUUCAACGGAACGAAAGAAGAGAGUGAUCGGGAGAUCUCGAGUAGCAGAGACAGUCCCUCGGUUCGUUCUAAGAAGCCUCGCAAAGCGAGAACAGCCUUUUCAGAUCAUCAGCUCAAUCAGCUGGAGCGCAGCUUUGAGCGUCAGAAAUACCUGAGCGUGCAGGAUCGAAUGGACCUGGCAGCCGCGCUUAACCUGACGGAUACCCAGGUGAAAACCUGGUACCAAAACAGAAGGACCAAGUGGAAAAGACAGACCGCUGUAGGACUAGAGCUGCUGGCGGAAGCGGGAAAUUAUUCAGCCUUACAAAGAAUGUUCCCGUCUCCUUAUUUCUAUCACCCGAGCUUGUUAGGCACUAUGGACAGCACAACAGCAGCCGCCGCAGCGGCCGCCAUGUACAGCAGCAUGUACCGGACUCCCCCGGCGCCUCACCCCGGUCUACAGAGGCCUCUGGUCCCCAGGGUUCUCAUCCACGGUCUCGGGCCGGGGGGGCAACCUGCACUAAACCCUCUGGCUAACCCCAUCUCUGGCGCUCCACAUCCCCGGUAAAAGAACAGAAACACAAAACAGGAGAAACUGAACACAAAAUACAAAAAAAAACAAAAAAAAACCUUUUAAAAUCGUAAUGACUAUAAAGAAACAAAAAGCGAAGAUGAAAAUGAAGAAGGAUUUUUUAAAUAGCAUAAAAAGAAAAAAAGAAAGAAAAGGUUAAACUGUAAACAAAAGGCCCCGAACAGAAAAAAAAAAUGACUUAAAUUCCCCCGCCUUUUUUUUUCCCCACAUAACUCUUAAGUCUACUAACGAAUAAACUUGAAAGAAAGUUUAUAUAGAAGAUGACUGACAAAGUGUAAAAUUAAGAGCAACAUUGACACUUUAAAAAGUGAAGCUGAAAGAUUUCUCUAAGGUAGAGAAAAUACAACGGCAAUGCUGUGAGAACUUCUGCACCUAUGUUCGCGAUCUUUUGUUUUUUUAUUUUUGAAGUGGCAUGCACCGUUAAUAUAAGGAAGUGUACAUUUGAAGGACUGAGUGAAAUAUCAUAUUUAUUAUAUGUCGUCAGAGAAAUCCGCUUCUAUACAGUUAGUAAAUACAUGCAUUUUUUUUAUUUUACUUUCUCAUUUAUAUCUUUUGAUUCGAUAACUAAUGAGGUUUAAAAAAAGACACAUUCGUUUUUUUGUGAUUGAUUGACAUUUAUCAUAUGAAGGGGUUCUCUAUUGAUACCAUUCUGUAACAAUUAAAACUUUAAAUUUUUUACAA